UUCCAGCCACAGGACCUAUUCCGUAAUGUGAUGGUGAAUGUUCCUGGCUUUCCUCUAAUUGUGGCUGGUUGGCUUUGCAGGAGAUCCCGUUGGAAAGAAGCUGCAGCAUGGCCUGGAGCAGCAGUGACGUCCGACCCUCUGCUAAACUAUUUGGGAAGAAUGGAGUGCUGGAGGAACAGAUAUCUCCGAGAUUCAAGAAAAGAGAGACAGAAGUGUAUGUCGGCAAUCUCCCGCUGGGUAUCUCUGAGGAGGAAAUUUGGUGCCUUCUGAAGGACUUCAACCCUCUCCAUGUCCACAAAAUCCAGAAUGGCUGCAAAUGCUUUGCAUUUGUAGAUCUGGGCUCCGUGCAGAAAGUGGCACUUGCAGUUCAGGAGCUGAAUGGGAAGCUCUUCCACAAACGAAAACUGUACUUGAAUUCCAACAAAAGGUCUCCCAAGAGGACCCCUGAUGUGACCGAGCGGCCCCAGGAGCUGCCGGGUUUGGAGAAGGCGUCUGGUCAAGGACCUGCCAGAACCACUGCUUGUACACAGCUCAUGCCUAAAGCUUCUGGUGACCCCUGUGAGACAGAAAAACCGAGGACGAGCUUCUUUGCAGUUCCCAUGGAAAUGAGAGGGUCCUUCUUGGUGCUGCUGCUGAGGGAAUGCUUCCAGGACCUGGGCUGGCUGGCCACCAUCCGGAGCACUGGCGGGGAGGUGGGGCUGCUGGCGACCAGUGUUGUCCCUCAGACCCCCUUCUUCUGGGCCAUGCAUGUCACGGAGACUCUGCACCAGAACAUGCAGGCGCUGUUCAGCACCCCGGCCGAGGCAGAGGGGCAGCAGCCCUACCUGCACGACUCGGCCGUGCGGCGCGGGACCCGCUGUCUGGCCGAGUACCACCUGGGUGACUGCGGUCGGGCCUGGAACAGGUGCUGGGUGUUGGAGCGCGUGGCCUCCUGGGCUGUGGUCAUGUUCAUUGAAUUCGGUCAGUCGGCCACCAUCCCGGUGCAGUCCCUGCGCAGCCUGGAUAGUGACGACUUCUGGACCAUCCCCCCGCUGACUCAGCCGUUCAUGCUGGAGAAAGAUAUCUUGAGUUCACAGCAGGUUAUCCAUCGCAUCCUCAAAGGGAAAAUCACUGGUGCUUUGAACUUGGAGUCGCACAUCCUGAAGUUUGAAGAGUUUAAAUAACAUGGCCACAAUCAGCGUGUUCCCUCUCCUGUCUAGAUUCUGCCUGCCCUACCCUUUCACUCUCGAGGCCUUGGGGUUGAAAAGGGCCACAGUGGUGCCCAGGAUUGACUGGAUUCCCCUUUACCUUUCCCCCAGCUCACAUCUCAAUUUGUCACGUGUCUUCAGUCCCCCAGCUCUGUGUGAACAUUUGAACCAAACGUGGGAAGCUUCCAUGAGGUUGAAAGUCUGACGUAGCCAGUGUAUUCUUCCCUGUGUCUCUUCCUUGUACCUCCAGAGCGUAAGGUGCCCUGACAGAUUCUGGAGAAUGGAGGGGCCCACUGCUUAGUUUUCCUGGCAUUCCAUUGUAGAAUCAGG